AUGCCUCCUGUGCGCACAAUGUACACCCGUGAAGAGCUACUGCGGAUUGCAACACUCGCCAGCGCGAUGGACCUGGGUCCAGAGGUGCUGCGCAAGUUUGACGUCAUCGAAGUCGCAGAACCAGUCUCCGCCCCGAAGCGCCGCGAGGCCGAGCCGAAUUUUAAGGGCAGCGUGUUCACAGACAGCUUCAGCACUAGCACCACGAUCACUAACUCGGGUCCUAACGGUGGCGGCAACAACGGCGGAAGGGGCAACCAUAGCAGCGGCAUGAACGGCGGCGGCGGCAGCAGCAACCACACUGGCAGCUCCAGCAGUCCGACGUACGGUGGCGGCGGCGGCCGUGGCGGUGACAACCGCCGCGGUGGUGGUGGCAAUGGCGGACGCGAUGACAACAACAACAGUAACAGUAUGAAGCACUCCGGGUACGACCGCUUUGCGCCGCCUGAGGGGCGAUUUAACCGCGGAAAUCGCAACCAGGAGACCUUUGAGGAGGGGAUCGAGUAUGAGUUGCGGCAGAGCGCACUGCAGAAGAAGCGCGUUGCCGAGACAAUGGAGCGCGAGGAUCGCAAGGGGGAGAACCUGAGGCAGGCGCUGGAGAAGUUCAAGCAGGAGGGAAACGACGCCGAGGCCGCAGAAGCGGAGAAGGAGACGGACGAGAUUGAGCGGCUGUUGGCGGGCAUCACAAUGGUCGAUGACGCGCCAAAAACUGUGGUUCGCUCACGCUUCUUCUCGGCCCAGGGCCCGACGGCUACCAGCGCCGAGUCUUCGGCGACUAUGCACCCAUCGCCGCCGCCGCCACAAGCGUCGACGACGCUAUCUUUUGGAGGCCCCGCGGGCAGCAUUUCACCUGCCACGGCAGGUGUGCCACAGGCGAGCGUGCUGCCGACGCCCGCCAACAGCGGAACACAGGGCUACGCGAGAGGGCCGUGGUCGUCCAUGAAGAGCGACUCUAACCUCUGGAGCACCGCGCCGUCCAUGGCAAGCGCGCUCAAGCAGUCUCUUCAGCACUCCUUGCCUCCGGCGGACGCAUCGCCGUCAGUUCAGAUCAAGCCACCGCAGCCCGCGUCGCAGCAGUCGCAGUCAUUCAGUUGUCCUGCGAGCACUUCUCAGCAGGCAAAGAGCAUGGGCGCCGCGGCCAACUCGACCGGCGCGCCGUCCGCCAGCGGACCAGCCAGCUUUGGCGUUUCCGCGCCUGCACCAGCGAGCCCGCCUGCCCCCCCGCAGAGCUCCGUACUCGGCCCUGCCAACGGAAAUAGCAGCCCCAAUAUCGCCGCUGCAAUGGGCGCUAAGACCGGCGUGUCGAGCAAUGCUGGACAGCCGCAGGCAUCUCCUCACACGCCGCCCCAGACCCCGCCUCACAGUCAGUCGCAGCCAUCUCGUCCGGCCCCAGCGACCGCCAUCAAGGCAGCGCCACGCAGUGGCGGGUCUACUGGCGUUCCUACAGGCGCCUGGUCGGCGGCGGACCUGGAGCUGCUUCUGAAGAAAGGCGCCACCAUGAUCUCAAGCGCCCCGGCACCACCGCCGAGCACUGCCACGCCCGCCACAACGGCGCCAAAGACGCAGCCCAUCACGGCGGCGGAGCUUGAGAGCAUGCUCAUGCAGCGUGCGCGCCAGGGUAGAGGAGCGGCUGGCACUGGAAUGAGCACCAUACCUCCCUCGCCUCCUCAGUUUCAGCAGCCACCUCCGCCGCAGCAGCCGUCACUUCUUUUUGCGAACCCGUCGAAGACGCCUCCGAUGCCGGCGAGCAGCAACCCUACCAGUGCGCCACUCUCCUCGCCACAGCAGCUCCCGGCCAGUAUGAAGAUGGCGUCAAACGGAGCGAUGCUGUCGCAUCAGCAGCCGCAUCAGCAGCAGCAACCGCUGCCUCCACCGCCGCCGCCAAUGCCGUCACAGAUGCCAGCGCAUUCUCAGCCGCAAUCGCAGCCACAGCCGCAGCCGCAGAUGCAGCCUCAGAUGCACCCGCAGCAGCACCAACCACCGUGGAUGGCAAUGCCGCGGCCGCCGCAGGCUCCACCGGCUCCACAGGCUAACGGGAAUGGAAGUCCUAUGCACAACACCCCGCCGCUGCAGCCCCUAGCUGGGAAGAUGCCGCAGCCUGCUCCGAUGAUGGCGAAUGGACUUCAGAUGCCCAUGCAGAUGAACGCUCAAGGGCAGUACUUUGUCGAUCCGGCGCAGCUGCAGCGAAUGUACAUGACUGGCCAGCCGAUGAUGUUCCGCCGUCCGGACGGGACUGUUUUUAUGCACGCACAGCCCAUACCUCAACCACAGCCCCAGCAAGCGCCGCCUCAGCAGCAGCCACCGUUCAACCCGUUCGGUACGAAUGCGCAGUUUCUCUUCCAGCAGCAGCAGCAGCGCCGCUAG